UAAUGAUGUCAGCUAUAUUUAAUAUUGUAGUAUAUAGUUUACCUGUUGCAUUUAUUAGGCUAACAAACAUUUAAUAUAUACAAGGAUAAAAAAGUAAUUUCACAUAAAUCAAUUUUUACGGUAUUCAGUGACACCUUUCCUAAUUGUUUUUAUUAUAUGUACAUUUUACAUAGACAAGGGGCCUGGAUAUAGCAGUAGAGAAUCGCAGAGAAAAAUUAAGGAGAGAGUGGAAUCUAGAAACAGGUAGAUAGAAUCGCGGCGAUGAAGAAAAAAGUUACGACGAUAUGUAUAAUUACAGGAUUUUUAGGGUGCUUAGCCGCUGCUUUGAGCUUUGUUGCCGAGGUCAAAAGGGUCAAGGGAACUGAGGUAAAUGACGUAGCUACAUCUCAAUGUAUAUUUCCCAGCAGUCCGGCUAUGGCUUUGGGAUUGACCGCUGCGGCGGCACUGAUAAUUGCUCAGACUGUGAUCAAUAUUGCGACUAGAUGUCUGUGCUGCAGAAAUGAACAAUUUCGGUUUGACUCUACACUGAUGACGGCUCUAUUCUGUUCUUCAAUAUCAUGGUUCACAUUUGCAGCCGCUGUUCUUUUAUUGCUAAUUGGCGCAGCACUCAAUUAUAAACAUGGUGAAGAGUCUGCAUAUGGAGACUAUUCUUGCUAUGUUGUAAAGAGUGGAGUAUUCCCUAUAGCUGCCGUAUUGUCCCUUGUAACAGUUGUUCUUGGAAUCGUGUCAUAUAUAAAGGUGGAAUCGGAUAAGAACAGAGUUGAUGAUUGGACUCCACCUUCUGCUCCUGGACAACCUGGCAUUCCCUUGGCACAACUGCAGCUUCCUCAACAACCUGGCACUGCCAUGGAACAAGCUCAGCUUCCUCAAUAGAGGUCACAGGUUGCCGUAUAUGUUCAUGAUGACAGUUAUAUGAGGCAACAGAUAGUUUAAUAUCUUCUUUCUCUAGGCUGAUUUUGAUUGUAAACAGCUUUUUUGCUUAUUUCUAGAUAUUACAAAUGAACCUGUAAUGACGCAAAAUUCAACUUAUCUUAAUGUAAUGAUGCAAAAAGUUUCUCUUUAUAAUUUAUAUUCAUUGCACGCCUAUAAUUUUCUGUGCAGGAUAAUUCAAUUUAUGG